AUAGUUAACAAUUGAAGUGUUCUGUGGCUUAAAACACAAUUCAGAUAAUUAAGUAACUUUGGAUAAGAAUGUCAAAUUAUUUAAUUUGUGUAUUUAUAAUUAUUUGUUAUGUUAACUUUGGGCAUACUGUGUACUAUGACUCGUACUCGGGAACGCCUGUUAAUCUGGAAGAAGUUAAGAAACAUGAUAAGCAGAAUAAUACGUUUUGGUGCAUAAACCAGAUAGAGCCGUGUGUAGCUGAUGAGUGGCGGCGUGUGGACGGCUCCUGUAACAACCUGCACCAGCCUACCCGGGGCGCAUCACAUACGCCAACUUAUAGACUACUUCCAGCUGUUUAUGCUAAAAAUUUUGAAAAAAGACAAGCAAAGUCUGGCCAGUCAUUGCCGCUUGAGAGGUUCCUAAGAACAACGUUGGUUGCUAUGGGCAAGCUACCAGACCAAAAAUUCACGACGCUUUCAACCAAUUUUUUAGUUUUUAUGACUUCAGAUGUUUUAUCUUUGCACGAUACAGUGAAAUUUAUCGCAUGGAAACCUUACUGUUGCCUGGCCAAGGGCAAAACGGAUAAUGACUGCGUUCCUAACAAAAUACCCGAUGACGACCCUGUACAUCGUUUCUCCGAUAUAAGAUGCUUGAAUAUGACGAGACCUGAAUCUUUUCAAUCUAUUGGUUGUAUUAAAAGCGACACUGUCCCUGAAAGGAUAAUAACAUCAACACCAACAUUUGAUCUAUCACCAGUGUAUAGCAGCAGUUUGAAGUUACUAUCAGAAAAGGGACGUCUUUUCAAAGGUGGUUUAUUGAAGUACGAAGAGGAAGAAGGGAGAAUCUGGCCUCCAAGUGUUAAGACUGGAUUAGGUUUUUGUUUUUUGAAUCAAAUACCACAAGAAGGACGAUGUCACGAUACUCCUGAAGAUAGCGCUAACAGCUUAGCUGGUGUGAAUCUGAUGACCAUCUGGCUAUGGAGACAGCAUAACUUUAUUGCGUCUGCAUUGUCUAAGAUCAACCCAUGUUGGAAUGAUGAGAGUCUUUUUUAUACAGCGCGUGACAUCAACAUUGCUAUUGUUAUGCAAAUAUUCUAUUACGAAUUGUUACCAGCAUUAUUUGGUCAUGAAAAUCUCCUCAAGGACGGUGUUCUUUCUUACACAAAUGGAUUCAGAGAUUCCUACAAUGAAAAUGUUAUCCCGCAAAUAUCAUUGGAGUUUCCAUUUGUUCUUCGUUGGUUUCAUACUACUCAGGAAGGGGAUAUGAAAUUAUUUGAUACUCAAGGUCACUAUUUAAGAAAAGUCCCUAUUGUAAAUCUUACUCUAAGAACUGGUUUCUUCGGUGUUGAUGACAACAUAGAUUAUGUCACACAAGGCAACUUCAGACAAGGUACAGCGAAGGCUGACUAUAUUGUAGAUCCUGAUGUAGUCAAUAUAGGCUUAGGACCGCACCAGAGAGCAUCUGACAUUCUGACUAACGAUUUAGCAAAGAAUCGGCUGUUCGGCUUUCCCCCUUAUAUCAAAUACAGAGAAUUCUGUUUCAAACAAUCGUUUAAAACAUUUGACGAUCUACUGCAAGCCAUUGAUCCAGAAAGAGCGGAGUUACUUAGACAGGUUUACGAGAAUAUAGAAGACAUUGACCUUAUUGCUGGCAUUUGGCUGGAGAAGCUGAUCCCUGGUGGCCACGUGCCCCCCACUGUGUACUGUGUUGUGGUGGAGCAGCUACUGAGGGUUAUCACAUCGGACAGGCAUUGGUACGAGAGACCUAAUAGGCCAAACGCAUUCACCUACGAACAACUGUUGGAGAUAAGGAAGGCCACGGUGGCGCGGCUGCUGUGCGACGUCGGAGAUAAAGUGACGCAUAUACAGCGACGUGCUUUCUACAGGAUCACUCAGAAAAAUCCGCUGUGUAGCUGUGAGACCAUUGAAUCUGUUAACCUUUGGGCUUGGAAGGAUCCCAAAUGUGAUAGUCAUGGACCCCACUUCGGUCCGCUCUAUAGCCCAGCAAACCUGUUUCACAACUAAUACUUUAAAAUAAAUA